AUGAAAAUUGCAUUAAUUUUUCUCGUCUUGAUGCUUGUAAGCUUCGUGGUUUGCAAGCCAUUUGAGGAUCUUGCUGACGAAGGGGCAAAGACUCUGGCCAAGAAAGGUAAGGCAGCAGCCAAGGGUGGUCUUGAUACGGCCGAAGAAAUGGCUGGAGAAGGCAGUAAGGGAAAAGGCAAAGGAAAGGGCAAAGGCAAAGGUAAAGGAAAGGGUCCAGCAGAGCCAGAAGACUCUCCUGUUGACCCACCUGUUGGAGAUGAAGUAGUUUCAAAACCUAAACCUAACCAAAAACCUAAAGGGGGAAAGAAAGGAAAAACAACCGAAGCUCCAGCUACAGAGUUUACUCCUGAAGUGGGAUCUGAUGGAAAUCCUGAAGAUAAAAAAGAAGAAGAAACAGGAACAGGAACAGGAGAAGGAGAAGAUAAACAAGAUGAUAAAACACUACAAGAAGAACCAGAACCAGAACCAGAGCCAGAACCAGAACCAGAACCAGAACCAGAGCCAGAACCAGAACCAGAGCCAGAACCAGAACCAGAGCCAGAACCAGAACCAGAAGAAGAAGAAGAAGAAGAAGAAUAA